UUCAUCCUGUCGAUUCUAUCUAAGCGAGCGACUGGCAUGCUGUGUUGCAGAUGGGGAUGAUAGCGCGGGUGCGCGCCCGCCUGCAGAGCAUCCACACCGUGACCAACAAGCCGGACCCAGCGCGCCUACAGGACGACACCUACCAGUCAGUGUGCCUGGUGACGGUGGUGCUGCUGCUGCUGCCCUAUCUGUCGCGCGGACCCGUCUCCAUCAUGCUGGCCCUCGCCUACUCCUGCCUCGUGCUGCCCGUCCUCGUGCACGUGCAGCACCAGAGCGCCGACGACCUGCGCGACUACGUCUGCACGCUGCUGGCGCCCUCCGCGCGCUUUCUGCGCCGCCUGUACGGCCCGCUGCAGCGCAUGGAGACGGUCCUAAUCGGCAUGAACAACCUCUUCACCAUGCUCAACCAGUGCCUGUUCUUCAUGGUGUGCGAGCGCACGCUGGUGCCCGGGCAGCGCGUCGCCUGCCUGUACUCGCUCAUGUUCUACAACGUGGCGGCCUACUGCGCCUCCUACGUGCGCGAGCUCAUCGCCAAGGAGGACUGGUCGCUCACCGUGCCCGUGGCGGACCACUCGCGCGUCAAGCACCUCGCCAUGACGGCCACCCGCCUCGUGCUCGAGUGGACCAAGGCCGUCACCUUCAUCAUCACGGUGGUCUUCAUGCUGCUCGUGUUCGGGCUGGAGCGCGGCCUGGAGCACUACCACCCCAACGGCGCCUACACCGCCCUCACCUGGCUGUACUACAUGGCCACCGAGAAGGUGUUCGCGGACCUGUUCCCCGCGCUGCUGACGCUGCUGCGCCUGGAGCGGCUGGAGGCGCUGGAGGCGCUGUGGGCGCCCGUGCUGCAGCGCGCGCUGUGCAUGGCGAUGGCCGUGGCGCUGUCGCUGCCGCUGCUGCUGCGCGGCCAGUACCGGGUGGCGGUGAGCGCGCUCUACUGCUGCGGCUGGGUGCGCUGGCGCGAGCUCAGCCAGGGCCCGCUGCGGGCGCUGCAGGCCGAGCGCGCCGUGCUGGAGCGCUACCGCCACGCCUCGGCCGAGGAGCUCGCCCAGCACGACGACGACGUGUGCGCCGUGUGCCUGGCGCCCAUGCGCAGCGCGCGCGUCACGCCCUGCCACCACCUGUUCCACGGCGACUGCCUGCGCCGCUGCCUCGGCAGCUCCGAUAUCUGCCCCAUCUGCAAGCGCACCUUCCACUUCGACUGAGCGCCCCGCUGAGGCGACCCCGGUGGUCACCAAGCUCCUAGAGCGCUUAAAGGCCGGCCGGGGAUACCCCGGGACGUGGUGGACGACGGCGGGUAGCGCCGCGGGCUGCGGCCGAGGCGCCCGGGGGUGUCCCUGCCAGGCGACGGGCAGACCGAAGUGUUCGUGUUCGGACGCACCCCGCGCGGGGUAGCGUCUAGCAAAGCCCCCCCGCUCGCCGGUUAGGCAGUCUACCCAUCCGCAGGGGGCUGGCCUGGCCCGCCGCAGGACCCCCGUACACUGUGAUACGCCGACAUGGCGACCCCUUACCCUGUCAGUGUGAACCCAGCACGUCCUUCGUUGUUCCUACAGUAUGUGAGUGAUUGUGUGGUGUGGUGUGGCUCUCAGCGUGAAUGUACGCCCGAACUGAAAAGUCUAUAAAAUGACAUGUUGUCUAUAGGUUUUGUCUAGUUUGCACCGGGCAGUUUUGAUUUAAAAGAUGUCUAGGAGAUUUCUAGCCAAAGUCACUUUCCUUCACCAAAUCUAUUCCAUGUUAUUUGGGUGAAUGGUUUUUGUAAUGUUUGUGAAGAAUGACUGUAUUUAAAUAACAUACGGGUAAAAUAAGAGUUGAUGGAAGUGGUAAUUUGACUCUCUAAAAUUCAAUGUUUUUGUCUGAAAAAGAAAAGUCUGAAUGAGAAAACCCAUAAAUUCAAAGCACCAAUAAUUUAUUUCAUUCAUAUUAUUUUCAUUCAUUCAUAAAAAUAGUACUCAUCUUUACUGACACAGCUUAAGUUGUCAAUCAUUUUUUUUUCUUUUAAGUUAUUGAUAUAAUACAUUUUUAGCUAUUUAUGCAUAUGCAUUUCUGCUGUAAUGUUUGCUUUUUUGUACUUCGUCAAAUAAAUCUGAUAGAUACUAAA